UUACGUCCUCUCUCAUUCCAAGUAACUAAACACGCUACAAAGUUUUCAUAAAAAUAAUGGGGCUCAAGCCCAAUUCCCCAAUUUUGAAUGGGCAGGCCCAAAGUGGGGAGUGUCCUCCGGGUCCAAAGCCCAAACGACACGUCAUCUUCCCAGAGCUCCACUGAAAGAAAAGAAUUGAGAACUGAAAGUCCUGAGAGAGAUGACGAUAGACGACGAGAGCUCCGUCUACGUCGGAGGCCUUCCGUACGACGCCACCGAGGAAACCGUCCGCAGAGUCUUCGAGCUGUACGGUAACGUCAUUGCCGUUAAGAUUAUCAAUGACGCCACGGCUCGAGGAAAAUGCUAUGGCUUUGUCACUUUCAGGAAUCCUCGGUCAGCAAUUCUCGCCAUCAAUGAGAUGGAUGGCAGGACUGUUGAUGGAAGAGUGAUCAGAGUAAAUGAAGUUAGGAGUAGAGGUGGAAGAUUGAGUUUUGGGAGGGAGAGGGAGAGUUUCCGGCGGAAUGCCAAGAGGGCGAGAAAUUGGGAUAGAGCUAGAGACCAUGAGAUGGAUUUUAGUCGGGAUAGGGACCGGUAUAAGGAUAGGUACAGUGAUCAGUCGAGGGAGUGUGACCGUGACAGGUCCCCUGAGGAUAUUGGUGAAGAAAUGGAUAGACGGUAUGAGGGUGAACACAAUUAUAAACAUGUAAGGGACCAUUUUUUGGAUAUAGAUCUUGAUCAGGAUAGAGUUGCGGAAGGUAGCGAGCAAGCACAGAGCAGGGACCGCGAUCAGGGUUGGGAAAGAGACCGAGCUUUGGUGUCCGAUAUGGAUAGGGAUAUGGAUAAAACCAAAAGCCUUGAUAGCACCGGCGACAAGGAUGGAGAUGACCAGUCAAGGAGAUGGAACGGUUCAAAUACUGUUAACCGACAAAGUCGGGACCUCGUAUCUCAUCCAAGUGAUGAUUACAAUGUUCAGGCAAGUUCAGCUGUUUUUCAGCUUUUCUUGCUAAGAGAUUGCUAUGCAUUUACCAUUCAGAUGGAGGAGAUCAUAGAGGAGAAAGAAAAGCUUAUUUUGGAUUUACAGAAUAAAUCUAAGAAAUUGGAGGAUGCCUUGAUAAAUGCAAAGAAGAACUCUUCACACGAGAAGAUGAAAAUAACCAAGCUACAUAAAUCCUUUAUGCAAGUAAAAGAUUACACUGAAAAACUUAAAAGCUGUGAACACGAGCUCCAGUUGCUUGUUGAUACAGGAAUGUUGGAACAUAGUAGCGAUGAAGUUGGCUUGAGGGAUGAAAUCUUGACAAUUGGCAAUGCAUGAUGUGCAUCGUAUUGAAAUCUGGAAGAAGAGUAACAAGUAACAAAGUAUAUUGUUUUUCUCCCUCUGUUUGGAUGGGGAGGAUUAUGCAGCAUUUCUAGAUAUUUACUUGAAAGUGGAGACUCAGCUUAUUGUAUCUGAGACGUAUGUCAUACAUCAUGGUUUCCGAUAAGCCGGUAGCUUGGUCUUGUGUUGUACAAUACUCUUGUCUAGUGGUAUGCAUUUCCACUUGAGCAGUUCAUUGACUCAUUGCUUCUUCCAA